AUGGCUUUUUUGCUGCAGCGCAGUAUGAGGUACCUCGACCACAUGGGCGAGGCGCGACGCGCGGCCGCUGCGUACGUCCAGAGUAUGGACAUGUUCACUCGCUUCAACGAUCCGCCCGACGAAAACGGGCUUCUGGACGCGCUCCGCCGCUACGACGUCAAGCGGGACGAGGCCAAACUGAUCGCGGCCCGGACGUGCGAAGCGGUCCGGCAGCGCCAGCUGACGAUCCCAAGCCUCUUCGAAUCGGCGAGCGCCGCGCAUCCGAAGCAAGCCGCGUUUGGCGACCGCGCGACGCACUCGUCGCCGCCAUCCCAGGACGAAUCGCUGCGCGUCGACGCCCACAUCGAGGUCGUGGGUUUACCGGAAUACAACCGGUGGCACGGCGUGGUCCUGGAGCUCGUCGCGCGGGAGCGCGUGCGCGUGCGCGUACGCGGCCUGGAGCUGACGCUGAAGCGCGCGAACGUCGUACUCGCGCGGCCGCGGCCGCCGCAGCCGCCGCAGUCGGCGGGCCAAUCGAAGAAGAAGAAGAAGAAGAAGAAGAAGAAGGCGGCCAAGCCCGCGACCGCGUCGGACGCGGCCGAUUUUUUCUCCGGAAAGGUCCGCGACGCGACGAAGCCGCCCAAGAAGAAGAAGACUCGAAAGAAGUAG